CAUUAUCAUUAUAGUGGAGAGGAUUUAAAACACUGCUAGCUGAUCUCAGAUCCGCUAUGACGAGGCUGUGUUGUACGGUUUGCCAACUCAUUCGUUGGGAGAAACAAGAUACGUCACUUCCGUCAACACCCGGAGGUAUCACGGACAAUUCGAUUGCGCCACGACUAACAUUCCCAAGGGUGAGAACUGCGAGGUGGACAUGGAGAGCAAAGCUGGAGAUGUUUUUAGUGCUGAGGAUGCUCAUCCGACGGGCACGGCUGGUGCAGCUGGGAUCCUUGCCAAGCUGGGCCUCCCAAAAGGCUUUUCAGUCAGCAUAGCCAAAGAGUGGCUGGACCGGCGGCGGGUGUCCAUCCGACCAUGGGCCAGCUUUGCAGACCAACGCAAGUUCUCGAAGCCGCGCAACUUUGCCGAGAUGUGCCAGCGUGUGGUAAAGAACGUGGACACGUACAAUAGCAACUAUACCUUCAUCUUCCUUGGACUCAUCCUUUACUGCAUAAUCAGCUCUCCCAUGUUACUGAUAGCGUUGGCUGUUUUCAUCGGUGCCUUUUACAUCAUCCACCUUAAAUCGCUGGAGUCCAAACUGGUGAUCCUCGGCAAGGAGCUGACUGUCCCGCACCAGAUGUGUCUGGCCGGAGGCAUCUCCUUACCCGUCUUCUGGUUGGCUGGAGCCGGAGCUGCCGUCUUUUGGGUUCUGGGAGCAACCUUGUUCGUGAUCGGCAGUCAUGCCGCAUUCCGAGAGCUGGAAAGCUCCAACAUGGAGGAGCUGCUCAUGGAGCCCGUGUGAUAUACGCCGCCUUGGUUACAACGUCUUGCUGAUACACGCGUAUGACCAUAAUCAUCGGUUUAGGCUACAUGAUCAUGAAAUGCCAAAUUUGACUUCUUUCCUGUAUUGAAACAACUCUGAACCGAACAAAAGUGCUAUUUAAAAGCUUCUGAACACCUUCAGUCUUCUAUUGAUUCUGUUUUAUACAUCUAUAAAUUCAGUUGAGCUUGUUUCAUUCAUGCUGAUGUAUUUUGACAAUUAAUAUACUCUAUUAAUUGGGUCAUAUUUGAGGUUUGUGUUAUAAAUAAAAGUCUGACCAUAUAAGCAGAAAAAAAAA